CUCAUGGCACUGUCGUUGUGUGGCGACAGUGUUUCCCUGUUUGAGCAAGGUAACCGUGCGGCUUCGCCACUUCUGCUUCUUGGUCACUUGUUUAUGUCGAGGGCGGUUUGUCUUGCUAGCUCAAAUAUUAGCAAGUGUGAAAAGCUACUGAAAUAUGUCACUCGGCUUUUGACGACGGUUUGUCGCAAGCCUCCGUGAUAGCCAGCUUUCGGAAAAGAUAAAGAUAGCAUUGAGGAAUUUGAGAACAGUAUUAUGCAAAAGAAGAUGAAAAUUCCUAAAAUGUCUACCAGGAAUGCAGGACACGCAGUAGAAAAUCACUUUGGCGAGGAAAGAAUGCCCCUCAGACAUAAAAAGGUGCAGUCUCAGGAGCAGCAGCGGGCCAACUCCUCCAAGAGCCUGGCUGCAGUGGUGGCGCGACUAGAGAGGAAUGCCGUGAGCUCGAGUGCAGAGGGAGAGGAGCUGGAGCGGCUGGGUGAGGAAGAGGAGGAGGGUGAGGAGGAAGGGGAGGCGGUGGUGCCCCGUGUGCUGUAUGAGGAGCUAGUGCACAGCUACAGGCAGCAGGAGGAAGAGGUGCGGCGGCUGCAACAGGAGCUGGAGCGCACACGCAGGCAACUACUGCAGCAAGCCAAAAAACUGAAGGAGUACAGCAGCCUACUGACUGAGGUCAAGGAGCUGCGUGACUUCAACCGCCGCCUUCAGGAUGUGCUGCUCAUGAGGCUGGGCAGUGAGCCAAUGCAUGACAAUGGCACUCAGACAAUCAAAGCUGAGGUGGUGGAGCCAAUUGCCGAGCCACAGGAAGUGUGCCGAGAGGAAGCCAACACUAGCUCCACCCACUCCCCCUCGCCGAGGACCGUCUACACCUUCAAUGAUGGAAAAGUUCACCUUGGUGGAGGUAUUUGGGUGGAAGAAGAGAAGUGGCAUCAGCUGCAGCGUACACAGGGUGACUCCAAAUUCACCAAAAACCUAGCUGUCAUGAUCUGGGGCACAGAGACGUUGAAAAACCGCAGCGUGACUGGAGUAGCCACCAAGAAGAAGAAGGACGCCCUGCCUAAACCUCCUCUCUCUCCCAGCAAACUCAAAAUCGUACGAGAGUGUCUGUAUGACCGUGUGUCCCAGGAGACAGCCGACAGUGCUGAGAUCACACAGCGGCUAUCCAAAGUGAACAAAUACAUCUGUGAAAAGAUCAUGGAUAUCAACAAAUCCAUUAAGAACGAGGAGAGGAGAGAGUCCAAGCUUCUGAUCCGGCAGACGGUGAAAAUGGAGAACUUCUCCUAUGACGGCGUGUAGGGCCUCCGGAGUUGUCACCAUAGCUCAUUCUGCUCUUCAUGGACAGCUGGGGGGAGAAGAGGGUUCACGUGAUCACGUGCGCUGCCAUUUGAGAUUCUCACUGAAGCCCAAAGCGAGGCCUUUUUUACCCUUUACUACCCCAUAACACCUCACAGCCUAACCGACAGCUUUACCCCCAACCCAUACAGCCUGCCAUGAGCCAUGAGUUUGUUGGUAUGUGAACAAUGAAUGAGUGUGGGCUUUGAGGGAUUUUAUAAGCUUUAAAUGGGAAUAUAGAGGGGAGGGGGUGUGUGGUUGGAUAUUGUGUGUUUGACAGGAGCGAUCCUAUAAAUCACAUCAGAAAAGAAUGUGUAUGGCACAUCGACUGGUGUUCUGUGUCAGAACAUAUCUUUAUUGUCCUUAAGUGAUCAAAGAUUUCCCUUCGGAGGAACUGUUCUGGUUUUGGGAGGAUAUUGUAAAACGUUAAUGCUGGUUUGAGUGUAAGGCUAGUCUGCUUGCCGUUGGUACUUAACUUGGAGGGCAUAAAAAUGCACCUUCAAACAGGGUCCGACCCUGCAGUGUCUUAAUGUAAACCUUUUAAUCAGUCGGUUAAUCAAUCAGUCAAGGCCCAAUUGUUCAAGAACUUUACAUUGAAAAUGACUCUUGUAUGCUUACUUUGGUUUCAUGUUGUUCCAUGUAGAUCUGAUGGUGCUAAUGACAAGAUAAGUUCACUGCUUCCCUCAGAUGGUUAACAAAACUUGUUUGAGGUUACGUUGGUAAAAUCUCAUUUGCAUAAAUAUUUUUACUUGUUAGCAAUACAGUUCAGUUCAAUCUUAAUCUUUUUCUGUCUUUUUAGGGGACUUAUCUAAACUUUUGCGCAAAGAAAAGGAUGCAUGCACGCCUUUUUCUAAACUGUGAUCGGUCACUUGAUAGACUAGACAUGGAUAUUUUUUGAUGUGUUGCCUGUAAUAUAAUGCUUAUGAGAAAUCAACACCUAUGAGCAAAAACUAUAUUCCAAGUUGAGGAGAAAGAGCUGGGUAGGGCUUUUUUUUCUUUCUUUCUUUUUAGGGUUUGGCAAUCAUUGGGAACUGUGUUCUCUGUUUUUAUAGCAAGCUGUGAUUGUAAUACGAGCUGAUAUUACUUAAACUGCACUUUGGAGUGUGAAUGUGGGGAAGUGGCAGACGGAGCGUGUGGCUGUGGGUAAAGCUGUCGGCAGCGCUUGGUGUUAAACGUGUUGGUCUCUUCCUUCAGACCAGACAAACGGCAGGGUCCCCACUCUGAGCCUCCUGCAGGGGUGAAAUUAGUGGGGAUGAAAAUAAGGUAUAGUGACAACUUCCAGUGAGCCAUGCCAUCCAUGCUUUUUUUUUUUCCCCCAUUUUCUUUAAACUUUUCAUCUCUCCCUGUUCUCUCUUACAUGUUUUGUUUUGCUUUUCACAAACAGUUUGUGUGGCUGUCUGUUUUUUUGUUUGUUUGUUUGUUUGUUUUUUUAAAAAAAGGCCUCCUUGCUGCAGGUUUGAGUUUUCGACUGUGAUGACAUAACGCUAACUGUGAAUCAACCGCAAGUCUGCCUCUCAAGUCUGCCUCUUUCUCCUCACUUUUGCUUCUGACCUUUUUGUUGCUUUAUCAUUUAAUUGUUUCCCCUCAUUAUCCACAUGUAUUUUCUUAGCUAUAUGGUUUUGUUGGGGGAACUUUUUAUUGUAUAUUUGGAUAUAUAUAUUUGGAUCAUAUUAUCAUAUUAUGAACAUCAUUUUUUAUCCAUGCUGCACCUUAUUCUGCUAAGCUCCUCACUUGAAACAAGCCCAUCACUUUAUAUCAUAAUUCCGAAAGUCUUCUACCUUUUGCCUAUUCAUGCCUAGUCAAAUCAUUUUCACUUUCAGUUCUGUGCAUCUUCUCUUAAGUAUAGAUCAUGUCUAAAAGAAAGCAGGGCUCGUCACAAACGCAUUAUCGCUAAUGGAGUGCUGUCAAAGAAAGCAAACCAUAUCUUAAAUUACGAUUGCUAAUUUAUGGCUGUCACAGUUAUCACAGUGCUACAAGAGCUCUAUCACAUCACUGUGAGUCAUUUAUUAAGGAGUAUAAUUUCACUUUUUGUUUCAUUUUCCCUGUUUUCUGGAAGUGUGCAUAUAAUUGAAGCAGGCGUAGCCACUGUAUCAGACAGCACUUUAAUCAUAAGAAAAACUAUAUCAUAAUGAUAGGCAAAAAUGGGUCUUAAUGGGUUGAAAUAAUUACAUGGAUAUGUUAAGUCCACUUCAGUAUCUAAUAAUGAGAUGAAUUUUAAGUUAUGGGUUGCUUUUGGUUAGAAAUGAUUUGUCAAAUCUAUUUCCAUGCUAAUGCCUAACUUUUUUCUCUUCAAACCAGAAAUUUCAGCACUUUUCUGCCACACCAUAGUUGGGAGAAAUCCUGUUUUUGCUUGAUACAUCUGUGAAAGAUACAUUUAUCUUAACUGUUUUCUAAAAGUAACUUACCUCCAAUAUGUCGAAAGUAACAAUGACAGAACAGACAGUUGGUGGAUCAAGCUUAUAUCUUUCUGUGGAAUUUCUUUUUCCUCUGUUUUUAUGUAGAUAUAUUGUGUGCUGUGUGCUAUAUAUCGGCCCGCUAAUCAAAUACGUGCUGUUCUAUAAUGGCGAUAGGUAUGUGGGUACACUGGAAAACACCAGCUUUAGCUAAGCUGUUGUUGAAUGACAGACAAAAGAAACUUGUGAUCAUUUUUUAAUAUGAGAUUGAGAUCUGUUGCCUUGAAAAGGAGGAAAACUUUAUAAGUAAUCUGUUUUUUGUU